AACCUGCUUAUAUCCAGGACCAAGGAGGCAAUGCCAGGAAGCUGGUGAAGGGUUUCCUCUCCUCCACCAUGGUUGACAGCACUGAGUAUGAAGGGGCCUCCCAACCUGAGGUGGAAACCUCCCCUUUGGGUGAUGGGGCCAGCCCAGGGCCAGAGCAGGUAAAGCUGAAGAAGGAGAUCUCACUGCUUAACGGCGUGUGCCUGAUUGUGGGGAACAUGAUCGGCUCGGGCAUCUUUGUUUCCCCCAAGGGUGUGCUCAUAUACAGUGCCUCCUUUGGUCUCUCUCUGGUCAUCUGGGCUGUCGGGGGCCUCUUCUCCGUCUUUGGGGCCCUUUGUUAUGCGGAACUGGGCACCACCAUUAAGAAAUCUGGGGCCAGCUAUGCCUAUAUCCUGGAGGCCUUUGGAGGAUUCCUUGCUUUCAUCAGACUCUGGACCUCCCUGCUCAUCAUUGAGCCCACCAGCCAGGCCAUCAUUGCCAUCACCUUUGCCAACUACAUGGUACAGCCUCUCUUCCCAAGCUGCUUGGCCCCUUAUGCUGCCAGCCGCCUGCUGGCUGCUGCCUGCAUCUGUAAGUAGGGCUGGGGCAGGAGGUGGUGGAUGGAGGGCCGGGCAGAGGCUGGGAUGUGAGUGCAGUCUGGGAGUAAGAAGGAGAUAGAAAGGAAUGCCUCUGACAACAUAUAUAUAUAUAUAUACACACACAUACACACAACUAUAUAUAUACAACUAUAUACACAACUCUCUCUCUAUAUAUAUAUAUAGUUAAAUUAAUGUAUGCUUAGU